AGUCACGGUGUUUCUCUUCUGUUCGAGGAAAAUGUCAAACGUCAGGCAGUACAGUUAGUUGCUGACAGUUUUCCGGUUUUAGUUUAGUGUAUUAUUAAAAUUGUAUAUAAAUAAAUUUGCAUAAGUUUAAAAAUGAUUCGUUUUAUAUUAAUUCAAAAUAGAGCUGGGAAAACCCGUUUAGCGAAAUGGUACAUGAAUUUUGAUGAUGACGAGAAACAAAAGUUAAUCGAGGAGGUACAUGCUGUGGUCACCGUCAGAGAUGCGAAGCACACGAAUUUUGUCGAAUUCCGCAACUUUAAGAUAGUGUAUCGCAGAUACGCAGGCCUGUACUUCUGCAUAUGUGUCGACGUCAACGACAAUAAUCUGUGUUACCUGGAAGCAAUACACAACUUUGUAGAGGUACUCAAUGAAUAUUUCCACAACGUUUGUGAACUGGAUCUGGUUUUUAACUUUUAUAAAGUGUACACAGUGGUAGACGAAAUGUUCUUAGCCGGAGAAAUAAGGGAGACGUCUCAAACAAAAGUCUUAAAGCAACUGCUUAUGUUGAACUCGUUAGAAUAGGGGCUUUGUCUUUUAUUUAAAAGAUCAAUAACUUUUCAUGUAAUAUAUCUCCUCAUUUGGCGUGUUAUUGAUUUUUUAAACGAUACCGAAAUUGUUGGCUUCGAAUCAGACAGUGGUGGUGCUAGAAUAGAACACGUUUCUACCCUUUAGGAAUAUGGACGUACCAACAUUUUUUUUUUUUUUAGAAAUUAUCGUUUUAGUACCGCCACUGUUGUGUAAUGUUUUCACAAAGGUCUUUAAGCAAUGUUUGUAUAAUUACAAGAGUAAAUGUUUUUCCGUGACAUGAACUAAUCGUAGUUGCAGCUCUUCUGUGGAAAAAUUCAAAAAAGUAUAUUUAGUACGUUAUUAGAAAUAUUAAAAAUGUGUAUAAGAGAUUCCUGCAUAUUGAUUUAAAAGACAUAUCUGUAAAGGUGGAGUUCCGCAAAGGCCAUAUUUUAGCGAUUCGUUUUUAUGUUAGCAUAGCGUUAAGUAUUAAAAUUACUUAUAUUUCUCUUAUAACGAUUGUUCUGUUAGCCAGCAAAUUUUAUGAAACCAUUUUAUCUCAUCAUACAUUUUACAUACGAAAGAAUGGUUAGUUUCUAAGUUUUACUUUGAUAUUUAACUUAUUUAAUUAGUUUUAGUCGAAAAGCGUAUAAAAAGACGAUAUGGCCGAGUUAAGGGACUCCCCGUUAAAUUUUUGUUAAUAUUAGAUGAAACCUGUAGGAUAAGCAUGGAAAUAUUUUCCGUGUAAACCCAGCCUGUGUGAAAACAUGGUAAUCUGUUGUAUUCUGCGUGUAUAUUAUACAAAGAUAGGUAUAUUGUUACAUAAUACUUACGUCAUAUGAUACUCAUUUAUUGUACCCAUGAAAAUAAAUUUUUUAUUGUAACUGUAAUCUUGAUUAGCCAUUGUAAAUGAGCCAAACUGACACGGACAUUCCAUACGAAGCAGCCAUAUGUUUUAUUUUAGGUUACGUUGCUUAUGUUCGAAUUUAAAAUUAUUUUAAAUAUAUUAUGAAAGAAGUUUA